GUGCGGGACGGCGUGGCCGACAUCACCAAGCUAGAGGUUCUCGGUUAUAUUCAACAAAUACGCAGCCAAGCCUUCAAAAAAGCGACAAUUAUAUCGGGCUUCAGACGGACGGGUAUUUGGCCGUAUAAUCCUGAAGCUGUCCUUGCCGAAUUGCGACUGCGUAUGCCGGCAAAGACACCAAGUCCACCG